AUGGGAAAAUGGAGUGAGCUCGGAUUGUCGAGCCGUGAGAAUGCAACUAUUUCCUCAUCACGAAUCCCAACUGGAAAAUCAUUCUUACAGUACUACGAUGAAAUUCAUAUUCCUCUCUCCAUCUCUAUCUGUAUUUUUGGAGCAGUUUCCAACGUCUUCAAUAUCAUCGUGCUUACAAGAAAACGGAUGCGAACGCCAAUCAACAUUCUGCUCACAGGUCUCUCGAUUGCUCAAUGGCUGCUAGCAACUAAUUACUUCCUAUACUUAUUACUCGAGUAUUAUAGAUACCAAUGCAUACAAAUUCUAUGGUCAGAGGCUUUCACAAGAUACAGAUUUUUUAACGUCAAUUUGAACACUGUUUUUCAUACAAUUGCUUUCACAACAACAAUUGUAGUGGCUGUUUUCCGAUAUUGCGCACUGAAAUUUCCCAUUCAAGCCAAUCGAUUCAUAUACAAAUGUCAGCCAGCUAUUGCAGCAAACGUUAUCAUUUGGAUCAUUAUUCCUAUCAUCAGCCUUCCAUUGUUCUUCAUUUCAGAGGUUAAAAUCGUAGCUCGUGAUCAUGUCGCCUACGAUUUACAAUGCGAGAUGGAAGGACCGCUUUAUGAUCUCAGUUAUCAAGAAAGCCCUCUCCUCGUGUCUGCUGUUUUCUGGGCUUUCGGAAUUGUAUUCAAGUUGCUUCCGUCGUUAAUCCUAUCAAUCUUACUCACAGCUCUUAUAAGAUCUCUGAAAAGUGUGGAAAGGAGACGUAAGAACUGGAAGCGUACUCAAGGGGCCAACAUCUGUACGAAUUCCGAGCGUAAGGCAAAACGAAAGUUGACAACACGACCACGCACAACUCGAAUGCUAGUAAUCAUCCUACUCCUUUGUGUAAUGGUCGAACUCCCAAUGGGAAUACUCAACUUAUGUGUUGCGAUCUAUGGCGAAGAGUUUGGAAACCGUUAUUACGAUCCCGUGGGAAAUUUGAUGGAGAUGCUGACGCUGCUAUAUAGUUCCGUCAGCUUUGUGUUAUACUGUACGAUGUCUAACGAAUAUCUCUCAACGUUUCGUGCACUAUUCUUCCCUUGGGCAAGAAAGAACAGUCUGCGGGGUCCCAGACGGAGUUGGAAGAAUCGUCAUGACGAAGAAACAAAGUCCCCACGAACUUUUCUGAUAAAUGGAACAGCGCCAAGCUCCUACGUCGGGUCUUAA